GCGCUUGUGUAUGGGUUGAUGCGAUUCAGUCAGGCUAUCCAGACUAGUUAUAACGUGUUUAAAUGACUAAAUGAGAAUCAACGACUGAGUGACUGCUACAAUGGACUGUACGAUAAAGGAAGCACUGUCCGUGGUGAGCGAGGACCAGUCCAUUUUCGAGUCGCCCUUCCCUGCCGCCACGACCAUGCACAUGAAGGGCGAGAUGACGUCACCGGGAAGCUUCAGCCAGGCCUCCGAAGAGAGCCAAGAACCCACCGAGCCGGAGUGGGCCGGGCCGGGAGCACAGAACCCUGGGAAGAGAGGAGAGCACAUCAACGGAACCAGUCGUGAGUCCCCUGUGGACUGCAGUGUGACCAAACGCUCCAGACACAUGAGCAGCAACGAAGGGGGUCAGCUGGCCUACCAGGCCUCAUACCCUGAGCCCCGCGCCAGCCCCCAGACCGCCACCACGCCCAACAGCACCACAGAGGAGAAGAGAGUCAUAGUGCCCGCAGACCCUGAGGUGUGGACCCAGGACCAUGUGCGCCAGUGGCUGGACUGGGCCAUCAAGGAGUACAGCCUGGAGGAGGUGGACAUCAGGCACUUCCACACACUGGAGGGCAAGGCCCUCUGCAAGAUGACCAAGGAGGAUAUGAUGCGCCUCACGUCCGCCUACAACACUGACAUCCUGCUCGGCCACCUCAAUUACCUCCGACAGAGCAGCCCUACUUUCUCCUACCCCACAACUCCAACCAACAACACACAGCAACAACCCAGACUACAGGUUAAAUCAGAGAACAGCUAUGAGGAGAUAGGCAGAAGGAACAGCUGGUCAUCGAACCCCAUGCUGCCUGCAGUAACCAAAGGUUCUCCCAUGGAGCACCAACACAGCACCAGAGUCACAGAGCCUCCGCCGAGAAUUGUACAAGACCCAUACCAAGCAUUAGGUCCCAUCAGCAGUCGUCUAGCCAACCCAGAAGGCCAGGCCCUCCACUCCAAGAAACGAACAGGCAAACACAGUUCAUACAGGCUGCCUGACCCCAGCGCUCACAGGCCUGUGGGCUCUGGACAGAUCCAGCUGUGGCAGUUCCUGCUGGAGUUGCUGUCGGACAGCAACAACUCCAGCAUCAUCACCUGGGAGGGCAACAAUGGCGAGUUCAAGAUGACUGACCCGGACGAGGUGGCCAAGCGUUGGGGCGAGCGCAAGAGCAAACCCAACAUGAACUAUGACAAGCUGAGCCGCGCCCUGCGCUACUAUUACGACAAGAACAUCAUGACCAAGGUGCACGGCAAGCGCUACGCCUACAAGUUUGACUUCCAGGGCAUCUCACAGGCCCACCAGAGCCACGGCGGAGAAGGGGGCAUUGUGAAGUACCAGACUGAGGUAUCUUAUGCCCAGCCCUACCACAGCCACCAGCCAAAAAUUAACUUCAUGAACACGCAUGCCGCCCCUAUGCCCGUGUCCCCUGGGAACUUUUUCGGGCCGUCUACAACUUACUGGAACUCAACAACCAGCCCCAUGUAUCCGGGGUCUCCCAUACCAAGGCACCCAGGGACUCACUCCCACCUAAGCUCAUACUAUUGAGGUAUGGGUGUCUUGCACUAGACUGGAUGGCAGAGCUUCCUGAAACAGACUGAUAAAGAUAACAUCCACAAUGUAUCUGGUCUUUAACAUCUAAGUUACAUUGUAACGCUAUGAGACUUGUUAGUACAGAAUGUAAAAUGGACAAUAACGCUCACGUCACAUCUUCAAGCAGAGGCACCAUAAGAUAGGCAAAAGGAAGAGGGUAAACAAUGUGAAGAAGCAAUGAUGACGAGUAGAGACCAAGGGAUAGCCAUGAAGGUUCUGCCUUUUUGAAUUUCUCAACUUUGGAGGCUGAGAAUUUGUUCAUAUUAUAGCCUGUGAUUCAGUUGUUUGAAAACCACGUUUUUCAAUUAGGUAAGUAUUUUGUUUAAAAAUGUCAUUGAGGUCAUUGAAGGUCUUUAAGGGGAAAGUCAUUGAGUGUGGGAAGUGCUAAAACUGUUAUGAGGUCUUGAUCGCAAUUACUAUAUUCAUCGAUCUAACAUUUGUAAAAGUAUUAUUGUACAGAAUGUGUCAUACAAUUGUAGCAAUAAAACAUUUACCCCUGUAGUAAUGCUAAUAAAAGGAACUUGUAUAUUUGA